CAAGGGUGAAGUUGUCAUCUGGAUGUUGUCAAAAAUGUGUCGACAAAUGCGGGCCACGUUUGCCGACCACAUCCCUGAAGUUUUUAUUUGUCUUUAAGCAAUUAUAAAAAGUUUUCUAAACCUUUAUCACAACAACAGGCUUGAUGGAGACGGGGUAAGUGUAAACCAAGCACAAAUCUAAAAGAAUAAACAUAAAAUAACCUAAGAACGAAGAUACAAUUAUAUCAUUUUGAAGCUUACUUAAGUAAUUUCAACUUCUCAAUUUACAUAUGUGGAUUAAAGAUUUGGAGCGAAAAAAGCCUGGUUUAUUUGACCUGGUCAAGCCUGCGUUUGUUGUUAUACUUAAUGGCAAAAAUAAUCUGCUGUGAAUAAUUAAUAUUUAGAGGGUUGACUGCAUCGGUUGAAUAGUUAACUUACAUAUAUGAUGUUCGUAGAAAUAGAAAACACUGUCGAAAUAGUAUUUUAUCUCUGUACAAAUUGUCUCUCAGCCUGAGAUGCAUCACAUGCCAGGAAAAAAAAUGUAAAUGAUGAGUUUUAAUGUUGAAACAUGUUUUUUAUUGGAUGUCAACUCCUCAGCUUUGAGGAGUACUGAUAAAAACUAUUUCGAAGGUGCAUUUGACUGGUACGCGAGCUUCCUCUGGUGGUACUUGGAGGAAAAUCAGAAAUGGUGUUCUACGGAAUAUACCAGUAUUCAUUCAUUCAUUCAUUGUGUACCCCUCUAUGAGGGUCACUGGAGGCGCUCUCAGCUGACACAGUGUCCACACUGUGGUGAAUUGGACUGCUCUGUAUCACAACAUGAGAUUUUUUUUUCAGAAUUAUUAUUAAGAUCCUAAAUUUCAUGUAACUGCAGCGUGAGUUGGAUGAUUCUUUUCCAUGGUUGCUCGUGAAAGUACAAAGAUGAAAGGCAAGUGAGCCCUUUUUUUUUUUUUUAAGGGAUUCAAAGUCAUCAAAGGCAAAAAUCUUUUGUCAAAGGAUGGCAAGUGACAUCAUCAAAGGCAGUUGUGGUUGUUGUCCAUUUAAAUAGACUGAGUGUAAUUGAGUGUUCACUUUGCCAGAGAAAAGCCACGUGAACACAGUUAGAACAUGCAAAAACCCCACACAGAAAGGACCUUGUUUUGACCGCGAACCAGAGUCUUCUAGCUGUGCAAGGCAAAGAAGUUUUUUGAAAUGUAUCAAAUGAAUUUAGUGGCAAUGUUUUCAUUGUAAUAUAUUCCUCUACUUCUGCUGAGACUCAUUCCGUCCGUUCCUCUUUGCAGUACAACUUGAUCCGAGUUCAGUUGCAAAUCUGGUCAGUCUUGCCGAUCAACUCCUUAAGAAGGCUUAAGAAGUGGACAUUAUAAUGACGCCCUCCCAUAGAGGCAGUUAGAGGAGGUGGAGCUACACUGAAAAGAGAAGUCACAUCCCCCGAUGACAGCUGGGCUACAGUCGGUGUAAGACAUUGUUCCUGCAGAGAGCAACUGGGAUAAGGUUUGAGACACAGCAGAACAGUCCUCUAUAUAUAAACUGUGUGUGUUCAACAUGACACUUGCUGCCUGUCCGCUGUCUGAGGCGCAGUUUCUGUGCUCCAUCUGCCUGGACGUGUUCACCUGUCCCGUCACCAUACCGUGUGGACACAACUUCUGCAAAAGCUGUAUCACCAUGAACUGGAGGAUCAGCAGGAAGAUCCAGUGUCCCGUGUGCAAGAGGCUUUUCGACACGAGCCUCGAGCUGCACGUCAACUAUUUCAUAUCUGAGAUGGUUGAUCAGUGGAGAGAGUGGUGCACGAGGGAAACCUCAGAAGAUACUGAGAGAGGCAGGGUCCUCUGUGACAUCUGCACCGGGACCAAAUCAAAGGCUCUCAAGUCCUGCCUGGUGUGUCUGGCCUCGUACUGUGGGGUUCACCUGGAGCGACAUCACCGAGUGUUGGCUUUAAAGAAACACAAGCUUAUUGACCCGCUCAGUAACCUAGAGGGCAGAAUGUGUACAAAGCACAAUGAGUUCAUGGAUCUGUUCUGCAAGACUGACCAGACGAGCGUGUGUCAGUUUUGCAAGGAGACAGACCAUCAGUCACAUGAUGUUCUGCCCCUGGAAGUGGAGUACAAAGGAAAGAAGAGCGAGCUGGGGAAGAUGGACGUUGUGUUUCAGCACAUGAUCCAGAAGAGACAGCUGAAGAUGCAGGAGAUUCAGCAGGUGACAACGCUCACCCAGGCAGCAGCAGACAAAGAAUCAGCAGAUGGUUUGCUUGUCUUCGAUCUACUGAAGCAGCUUGUGGAGACGGGCCAGGAUGAGCUCCUUGGACACAUUAAAGAGAAAGAGGACAUGACCACAAAAAGAGCUGAGGUCUUCAUUAAAGAGAUGGAUUUAGAGAUCUGUCAGCUGAUGAAGACAAACUGUGACGCUAAGCUGCUCUCACUUUCUGACGACCACCUCUACCUGCUCCAGAACUUCUCGUCCCUGAGCGCCCUCCCACCCACUAAGGACUGGGAAAGCGUCAGCCUCCAUCAGCCAGCUUUUGAGGGAACAGUGGCCAGAGCCGUGGUUCACCUCAGGGAGACGCUCAACAACGAGAUCAUGAAGCUGCUUCGGGCCGAACUGGAAAGGGUGCAGCAGUAUGCGGUGGAUGUGACGUUAGACCCUGACACGGCACAUCCCAAACUCAUCUUGUCUGAUGAUGGAAAACAAGUGAGUCUCAGUGACACAGAGAAGAAUCUUCCCAGCAAUCCAGAGAGGUUUUCAUACUGUGUUAUGAUCAUGGGGAAGCAGAGCUUCUCCUCUGGUAGAUUCUACUAUGAGGUUGAGGUUAAGGGGAAAACUAAGUGGGACUUGGGGGUGGCCAGUGAGUCGGCAAACAGAAAGGGAAAAGUCGUCUCCUGCCCGCAGGGCGGCUACUGGGCUCUGCAGCUGAGGAACAGAAAUGAGUACGUGGCUCUUGCUGAUCCAGACAUCGCGCUCCCCCUGAAACUGCAGCCUCAGAAAGUGGGCGUGUUUGUGGAUUACGAGGACGGCUUGGUCUCCUUUUAUGACGUCGAUGCUGCAGAAAUGAUCUACUCUUUCACCAGCUGCUCCUUCACCAACAAACUCCAACCGUUCUUCAGUCCAUGUUUAAGUGACGGCGGAGAAAACUCUGCCCCUCUCAGGAUCUCUGAUGUUCAGAGAACUACUUUGAAUCAGUAUGUGAUGUAAAAGUUGGCACAAUGACUUGAUCACUACGGAUGUUAUGGUUUUGUUUAGGAUUUUUUUAUUUGUUUUUCAAUCUUUGUGUCUGUUUUUUAGC